AUGGUCGAGGCGCAGCAGGAGCUGGGCAAACCCGGGAAGGGAAAGCCCUUUAGACUUCUAGGAAUUUUAGAUGUUGAAAACAUCCCCUGUGCCCGGGAAUCGAUAUUAUAUGGUUCAUUAGGAUCUGUUGUGGCUGGCCUGGGACAUUUUUUGUUAACUAGUAAAAUUAGAAGAUCAUGUGAUGUUGGAGUAGGAGGAUUUUCCUUAGUGAUUUUAGGAUGCUGGUUCCAUUGUAGGUAUAACUAUGCAAAACGAAGAAUCCAGGAAAGAAUUGCCAGAGAAGGAAUUAAAAAUAAGAUUUUAUAUGAAAGUACCCACCUUGAUCCUGAAAGAAAACAAACCAAUGGCAACAGCAGCAGCUGAGCAAUCUCGGUCAUAGAACACCCAAAUACAACGGAAGUCAGUGUGAAAAAAACUGAGAGCAACUAUAAAAAACCUACCUUUUAUGUACCAUAAAGCCUUCAAUCAAGUAAAUAAUUUGUGUAAAUUGUAUUUUAUUUACCUACUGCCACUAUGUCAUAUAGUGAACUAUGCUUAGAAGUGUUUCCUUGAACU